GCAAAUGCUAUCAAGAAUAGAAUCCAGCAUUCCAACAUCUUUUCCAGCCUAUAAAAAGGCAGUCCUCCCCAUGGCCAGUAGCACGAAACCACAUCAACUUCGAAGCCAUUUCAGCACCCAAAGGAGAGGGCACCAGCAAGAAGCCUCUAGAACCUUCCGGUAAACAAGCAGCAGCAGAGCAGAGGAUGGCAAUGGACCACGUGGCGAGGCUGGCGUCGGAGCGCGCGGUGGUGGUGUUCACGGCGAGCAACUGCAGCAUGGGCGACGUGGUGACGUCGCUGCUGAGCAGCCUGGGCGUCAACGCGGCGGUGCACGACCUGGACAGGGACCCCCGGGGCAUGGAGAUGGAGCGGGAGCUGGCCAGGAGGCUCGGCGGCGGCGGCGGGCGCGGCACGACGACGACCCCCACCGUGCCGGCGGUGUUCGUGGGCGGUGACCUCGUCGGCGGGACCAACAGGGUCAUGGCUCUGCACCUCUCCGGCGAGCUCGUGCCCAUGCUCAGGAAAGCCGGCGCCCUCUGGUUGUAGUAAAUUGAGAACGCCCGCCGAUCGACCGCGCGCAUGCAAGCAUGGCUGAUGAGCUUUUUACAUCAGCUGUGUGUAUAUGUAUGUGAAUAAAAAAGAAGCGGUCAAAGAAGGCAAAGAGAUGGAGAGAGAAGGAUCCACCCACGUACUAAGAGUACGUGAUGAAUGCGAGGUUUUUGUUGUGUCCUUGGAAUAAAUGUCACCUCCGUUUUCACUCGUCAAAAUGUUAGCUUUAUGCUGAUCAGAUUCUAUCAAUGUUUUGUUGUGCUAUCUA